UUAACACAUGCACCACGAUGAUGCAAUGUUGCGCAAUGGGCACAUGCCACAGUGCAAUUCCAACGUGUCAGCAGAAAAAAAGAAAAGAAGUGAGCACUCGCCAGGUCGUUGUCGUGACUGAAUGACUGCAGGGGGCAGCGGGACUUCUUAUCGUCUUCAUCCGUCCGUAGCAACAUGACAGAGUUUUGGAAGGAACACUCCAGGGAGGCCACUGUGCAGGAGAUGAUGCUGGACUCUCAUGCCGUUGAGCUGACUCAGCAGGAAUUGCCUGAGAUCCUGUCUAUGCUGCCAAGCCUGACUGGAUGUCGGGUGCUUGAACUAGGGGCCGGCAUUGGUCGAUACACCAGUCAUCUGCUGAAACAGGCGAACCACGUGACCGCCGUGGAUUUCAUGGAGAGCUUUGUGGAGAAAAACAAGCAGGACAACGGGCACCACAAAAACGUUACCUUCGUCCAAGCAGAUGUCACCAAGCUAGAAUUCCCCCCGAACAGCAUUGACUUCAUCUUCUCCAACUGGCUGCUGAUGUAUCUCAGUGACAAGGAGCUGAAGUUGUUGUUAACGGAAAUGUUAAGGUGGUUGCGGCCUGGUGGUUCGCUCUUCUUCAGAGAAUCAUGCAACUACCGCUCAGGUGACUGUAAAAGGGAGUUCAAUCCCACAUGUUACCGCACUGAAGCGCAGUACAACCACCUGAUCACAUCAGUCCAAAUGGAGGAUGAAAAUGAACGGUUUGGUUUCGACAUUGUACUCAGAAAGAGGGUCAGAACAUACAUUGAGGUGAAGAAAAACCCAAAUCAGAUAUGCUGGUUGUUAGAAAAGGUUGCACGUUCUUCAGACACAAAGGAGACAUUCAGCAACUUUCAGAUGUUCCUGGACAACAAGCAAUACACGAGGCGUGGGAUUCUGCGGUAUGAGAAAAUGUUCGGGUCAGGUUAUGUCAGCACAGGCGGGCCCAACACCACCAAGGAAUUUGUUGAUCUCCUCAACUUGCAACCUGGCCAGAAGGUUCUGGAUGUUGGCUGUGGUAUCGGUGGAGGAGAUUUUUACAUGGCAAAGACAUUCGGAGUGGAGGUGCUUGGCAUGGACCUUUCAGAGAAUAUGGUGGACAUCGCCAUGGAGAGGGCACUCUCCGAGAAGUUGCCAUCUGUGGAAUUUGAAGUUGCUGAUGCCACUAAGAGAACGUUUCCAGAGGGUUCUUUUGAUGUUAUCUACAGUAGAGAUACAAUCCUUCACAUUGCAGACAAGCUCGCUCUCUUCAAAUGUUUCCACUCAUGGUUAAAGCCUGGAGGACAACUGCUUAUCAGUGACUACUGUUGUGGGGAAAAGCCAUGGACCCCCCAGUUUGAGGCUUAUGUCAAGCAGCGAGGCUACAUACUAUACACGCCAUCCCAGUAUGGAAAGUUCAUUCAAGACGCUGGUUUCUGUAAUGUUGAAGCAAAUGACCGGACAGCCCAGUUCAUUCAGGUCAUUAAAGAAGAGCUGCAGAGAGCAGAUGAAAUCAAGAGUGAAUUUAUCGAGGAAUUCUCUGAAGAGGACUACAGUGCAAUUGUGAACGGCUGGAGGGAAAAACUGGAGCGUUCUAAGAGUGGAGACCAACGGUGGGGCCUCUUUCAUGCAAGAAGGAACUGAGUGACUACUCAAUUGAAUAAUUACUGAAUAAACAAGUGGGUAGGACUUGAGAAAAAAACUUUUUGCGUCCAAUUUUCUAAUGACACCAGAUGCAUGAUAGCAUUAUAAAGUGUUGUCAUUGUUGUAUUUGGGAAACUGAUUGAUUCCUAUUCUAAAUACAUUAAUAUCGGUAGUUUAUGAUAUUGAAAUUUAUUACAUUCCCCACUAGGUACAGCAACUCUGUUUGUAGUCAUUUGUUAAGGAAUGUCAGUACAGAAUGUCAUGAAAGGACAGACAUCCAAUACGACAAUAAAUGGAUGUGUGUGUGUUGUCUGUGCGUGUAACUGUAAUUGUGUCUCUCCAUCAUUUCACCUGAGUUUGAGCAGUGGUGGUAAAGUAUUAGAAAAAUGGGCUUCCGAUUGCAUAGCGCUUUUCCACACUCAGGGCACUCAGAGCACUUAAUCCUCUUCUCAUUCACCUACUAAUGACGGAAUCCAGAGCAAGUUGGGGUUAAGUAUUUUUACCUAAGAUCAAGGCAAUGUCAGAGGGAAUAAGGAUCGAAUUUACAAACUUCAAGUUAGGAGAAAACACUUCUACCCCCUUAGGCACAUCGCUCAGGAAUACUCGUUUCUGGCUGUAUCAUUGCAGAUAGGUAAACAACACUUCCAAAUGCUGCUAAAUCUUCUUUUUUCCUUAGAAAGAUUUGUCUGAUAUCUUUAACAAUCAUAAUAAUACAUUUUAUUUAUAAAGCACCUUUUCAUAAUAAAAUUUCAAAGUGCUAAUUCCUUGGGCUUUCAGCUUUUUUUGGACAACAAUUUUUACAAUUAAAUCCAGAGGUGGGUAGAGUAGCAAAGAGUUUUAUUCAAGUUAGAAUUUUAAUUGCUGUUAAGUUACGCGGGUAGGCAGGUGGUGUGGACACAAUUGCAGGAAAAGAAAGGCGAGGCAGAAAAGGCGGUGCAAUAAUGUUUCUAAUUAAUGCCAACAAAAACAACGUACAAACAAAACGACCAGGGAAUCCAAAAACUUUUGACAAACAAAAGUCAGGCUAACGAAUCAACUUACUUUCGAAGAAGGACGAGGAACUGGCAAAAACGCUGACAUGAAUGUGGUCAUGCACAAUGUCGCAGACUCGCAUCAAGACUCAACAAAAACGGGGAGCUUAAAUAGACACAGACACGGAGUAAAGAGUCAACGAGGAACAGUUGGGUGACACAGGAGGGCGCAGGUUGGAGGAUACACUAAGAGAGGGCGCCCUUCAAAUCUCAGAUACCUGGAGCUAAAAUUUCAGCAGAGCAUUGUAAGAAACUCAUUGAUGGAUAACGGAAGCGGUUGUUCGCAGUUAUUUAGUCUAAGGGUUGUGCUACCAAGUAUUAGGCUGAGGGUGCCAGUACUUUUGUCCGGCCCAUUUUUGGAGUGUAAAAUGAUAAUGAUUUAAUUUUUUUUUUUCAUUCUUUUUUGUUUUUGUUUUACAUUGCAAGCAAAAUAAAUGAACCUAUUAUUACCAAAGCAUUUGUAAUUGCAAUCGUUUUCUGGUAGAAAUUGAGCAUUAUCUGACAGAGUUGCAGGGGUGCCAAUACUUUUGGCCAGCAGUGUACAUUUGUAAAGAACAUAUACUGUAUGUGAGAUUCGGGCAUGGGCAAUACACUCAGUUUAUCUGUAGUACAGCUGUCAUAAUUGAAUGUUUUUCUAUCCUGUUUGUCAAUCAUUUUAUAAAAUAAUCAGAAAAAGAAUGGGUUUAUUUUCCCACAGUUUAUGUUCAUUUAUUAGACAUUUGUGUGGUCUUUUUUAAUGAUUAAAAUAUUGUUCCAUGGGCUGCAAAUUUGAGACUACUGUCCUACAUGAAUGUAAUAAUAAAAAAAAAGAAACCUUAUUCAUGCAUGAUUGGGUAAACAUUUUAGAUUAAUAAAUUAAGUUGACUAAUUUUUCCAUAAUGUGAUUAUGAUUCAGUUAUUGGUACAUAUGUUUGCAAAUUAUUAGUCUGCUUUCACCAAGGACUCUAGAAAUGAGAGAAAUACCUGUAUUCGAUUUUUGUCAGGCUGAAAUAAGAAUAUUUGCUUCAUUUCAAGUU